GUGCAACUGCUAAUAUGUAGGCUCAGUGAGCCAAACAGGAACUUGGAAGCUAAGUGAAGGAGCUGUCACAGCAAGUAAACUUUACAGCUCUAGCAGAAAUACUGCAUAUUCUUCACAAAGUGGAAGCUACCCUGGUGUUAAAGUGCCCAGCGCAGAAGGUGGGGGAGUUCGUCAUGCUUUACUGUAAUAUAAUCACUGGAGCUGCGCUUCUGAUGGUCACAGAAAAUCUUGUAAUAAAGGCUCUUCUGCAGAACCCCGUUACUUGCUGUGGGUCCAUACAGCGAAGCAAUGAGAGCUGCAUGAAUACCACCCAUUGUGAUUCAGGGUGCCAGUUGCAUGUUCUGGAGAACAAUACAUCUGUGUGUUUGUCCUGUGACUCAGCCCUGCAGGAGCCGGGCGGCCCCUCAGCCUGCAACCACACAAGAAGCAAUGUCACCACAAGAUCUACAAUUGUCAACCUCGGUGGGCCUGGUGUGGCAGCGUCUCUGCUGCUGGGGACUCUGCUGAUCAGCCUCUUCCUCAUCCUGUCUGUGGCCUCCUUCUUCUACCUCAAGCGCUCCAACCAGCUGCCUGGGGUCUUUUACCGACGCAACAAAGCAUUCAUAUUUCAACCCAGUGAAACGGCUGUCAUGAUGCCUCCUGCUGUUGGGUCUGGUUCAGUGCGGAAGCCCAGGUACGUGAGGAGGGAAAGGCCUUCCACAGCCUCAGCCACCAGCAGUGCUCCCGUGUCCACAGCACCCGUCACCAGGAUUCACAAUGUGUGAGCUGCUCACUGAACAUUAAUGUAGAUACUAGACACACAAGAUGGCUGAAUGGAGGGCUGGCUGGCUUGGCAUGACGUCAAAUGAGAUCAUGUGAAAUUUGCUGGUCGGCUAACCAGCGCUUUAGCAGUUGGCUUAAUUGAGAGGCUUCGCAUCUGUCAGUCCAUAGCCUUGUUGUUUGAGGUCUCAGAUUGCUGUUGGUAUGAAAGCAAAAGGGCCGAAUAACAAACUCAUAGUCAACACUUACCUGAAUGGGGCAUAGAAAAUCCACCCCAUUCAGUUUGUGUUAGUGUCCAGCUUGCUGUUUAGUCUAUAUUGCAUUGAAUUUCAGUUGUUGAUUUUGUGUUUUUUUAAACCUCGAGCAAUACGGCUAUUGAUGGAUUCACACUAAACUGCUCGUUUACAGUGACUUGUUACGGUGUGAUUUAUGGUACAGGAAAAUCAUUGAUUUGACCGCUGUCUCGGGUCAAAUCUCAACCAAUUUGAUGUCAUGUUAAUACAGCCAGCUGUAAGACAGCCAGAGUACGAGUUUAGUUAGAGAGCCUGGUGAGAAGGUUCUCUGUCCUGCUGUUUCUUUCCCCCUUGUUGUAAAAGUUUUGUUGUCCCUUUCACCGUCCAAAUGUUAAUUGGUACCAAAUUAUGACCAAAAACCAUCACAGACAAAUUGUAAUUUUUAUUCCUGCACUAGACUUUGAUUCUUGAUGGAAGCUGGAGUUAUUUAUUUGUUUUUAUUUAUAUAGUUUUAAUUCCUUUGCAUUAUUUAUUUCAUGUCUCUGAUGUUGUUGAUAGGAUAUUGAGUUGUUUUUGCUUUGUGUUGAGCUAUAUUGUUUUGUUUAUUUUAGAGUUUUUUUUCUGUGGAUUGGUAUACCAAAAUCACUUAAAGUACCAACUUUGCACAAUAUUUGAAUGACGUGAAUGCACUGUAGUGACCAAAAUCUGCUCCCUCCACUCUGCUGUGGACUUUCAUGUGGAGCACACAUGCAAUCAAGAUACUUAGUUUGCAGUGGGCAAAAAGUUGAUCAAGAAAAAUAACCCAGGUUGCAACAUAUGUUCAGUGUUCCUCAAAUUGGCCAAAAUACUGGAUACGCUUCACUUGACAUGUCCCUGCAUAACAUUCAUAGCAGCUAAUAUACAUUUUGCAUGAAGGAUUUAUGACUGUUUUGUAAGGCAUUCAUAUCAUACCUUUCAUUUGGUAGCCCUCGUUUCAUUUGGUAUUUCCUUUGUUUCCAAGCAUUAAAGACAUCUUGUCAAAAUAAAAGUUCAACAAUUGCAAAGCAUGAAUGCUUUAUGCAAAGUUCUUAACAGCUGCUAUGAAUGUGUUAUGCAGGGAAUUGUCAAGUAAAGUGUUACCAAAAUACAGGUAUUAAAUGCUAAUUUAAAGGCCCAAAUUAUAUUCUCCAUAAAUGUGCAUGUGAUGCAAUGCCAAGUUGACACGAACAUAAGCUUCUGAGCAUGUUAUGUGAGAGUAGUGAGAGUUCAGCUGAGAGAGAGCAGUCACUUUCUGUCAGUGCUCUGUCACCAUCUUUUUUGUUUUAUCACCAGAUGCAGCUGAAAACGAGGGUUCAUUCGUGCCUAUAUCGUUACAUAUGCCGUCACACGUUUACACCAGCUUUCGCAUGCAUGAUAAGGUAUGGGAGGUCUGAAGUUCAGAGCAUUUUUAUAUCCUGGGCUGAUUAAUUAGAAGGCUUUAAGCACUUGAACUACAGCUUUUUUUCUCUACAUGGGUAGACCCGAAGAGAUUCUGUCUGUGAGCAGUGAGCUGUGUGAGCCACAGUUGUUGAAGACUUAAGAAACUUGUCUUUGUCUUGUUGUUUGUCAAUAAUGUAAAAUAGCACUUUCUAAUGCCAAUGCUGUGCCAAUGAAGGGUAUAUGCACUGUUUUUAAGUUUCAUGGAAGGGCUCUGGGGGUUACUGGACUGAAGUUGUCUUUGCAUCUAUUUGCUGAAUUGUUGACUGCUGAUUGUUGAAGGGUUUUUUUUGUCUCCCACACUAUCUUAUGUGGCUUUUGAAAAUGUGAUCAUAUGUUGCUUUCCAUAUAUUGUGGUAUUCUGGUUUGUGGAACUUUUCUUUCAUUCCUCUGUCUGUAUUUCUUUAUUGAUAAUAGUUUUAUCAGUCUAUCUGUGCAAGUUGUAUAAUACCGUAGUUGGUUGUAAAACCAUUGGUCAUGAUGAGCUGAUUGAUAAACUUAACAACAUUGAAAGUGUUUCACAUACACUAUAUAGAGUUUUUAUGUCGCUGGUCUUUUAUCUUAGCUGUUGUACAGCAAUUAGGAGCCUUGUACAAUUGUACAGUCUUUUUAACAAUAAUUUAAGCAUUUUUAUUUUUAAUGUAUUAUAUUUUCUAUUAUUCAAUGCUGAUUAAUGAUACAUAUUUGGAUGAGGAAAUGAUUGUGAAAUUUGUUGCUGGACAUGUAUGACGAGGAAAAUAAAGUUGUUAAGAACUA